GAGGAGCGGGCGCGGGCGUCGGCCUUGCGCUGCGCAUCGGCUCGAGAUGCCUCUCUGGGCAUGUCGCCGCGCCUCGGCGGACUGCUGGAGGGCGUGCUGGCCUGCGUGCUGCUGUUUGCCGCGUGGGCGGCAUGGAAGGCGGCACCCGCUGGAGUGGUCGAGCCAGGGGCGGCCACGCGGGGGGCGGCGCCAAUGCUGGCGCCGAAGGCGCGCGGCGGCGGCACCGCGAGCUUGCUGGACGGGCCACGCCGGCCAGGGCGCGUGGGCGGCCACGGCGCCGCGGGCAGCGGUGUCCGAAAUGGGACGUUGCAACCGACCACGCGGGCGGGGUGGCCGGCCAGCGCGCUCCUGCCCGACGAGCCGGCGCCGGCAGACGGUGCAGCGGCCGCAGGGCUGCCGUCCAGGAGGGCCUCCGAAGAGAGUGUCUACUCUUUCCUGGACGCCGGCAUGACCUGCAACGAUGUGGGCCUCGCUGACGUGUCGAGCUCCGAUGAAUGCUUCGGCAGCGCGAUGAGCUUCCUAGAAAUGAGCGGCACCCCAACUCAAUCCAUUCCGACCAACUCGUUAGGCUUCAGUUGUAUCUACGACACGUCAGUGGGCAUGGUUUUGUUUGCCCUAUCUACCGGAACGUCGACAGUGGCCAGCCCCAGCUGGCAGUACGUCUGCCCAGGCACAUUCACCACGACCGCCUCCUCCACGAAUUCGGCAACGCUUUCUCUCACAACCAAAUCUUCCACGGCCACGACGGUCACGACCACGACGGCCACGACCGCGAGCAGCGCCACGAGCUUUUCCACGUCGUCGACGGCCACGACCUCCUCCCGCGUGGACUACACCCUGCUGCCCGCUGGCCAGACUUGCUACGAGGCUGGCAUGCAGGACGUAACUAGCUCGGCAGAGUGUUUCGGGCUUGCCAUGACCUCCGUGGACCUUGGCUCUGCUGAGACGCAGGAUUUCUCGGGCUUCGGAUUCCUGUUUACAUGCGUGCAGAGGGUCGGGAUGACGAAGGUAUUUUUCGGGGAUGCCAGCCCCAACAGCACCGUGCCCGAUUCGAUAUACCAGUUCAUCUGCAUCGGCGUCCUGACGACGACUGGCAGCAGCACCAAUACGGUCUCGACGAGUGCCACAUCUGUCACGUUUGUGACUUCCACUGCCACCAGCACCGCCACGUCGACAAGCACGCCCACUAGCGCCACUUUGACAUUUAGCUUAACGGCUACCGCGACGGCCACGACCGCGAGCAGCGCCACGAGCUUGUCCACGUCGUCGACGGCCACGACCUCCUCCCGCGUAGACUACACCCUUCUGCCCGCUGGCCAGACUUGCUACGAGGCUGGCAUGCAGGACGUAACUAGCUCGGCAGAGUGUUUCGGGCUUGCCAUGACCUCCGUGGACCUUGGCUCUGCUGAGACGCAGGUGUUUUUCGGGGAUGCCAGCCCCAACAGCACCGUGCCCGAUUCGACAUACCAGUUCAUCUGCAUCGGCGUCCUGACGACGACCGGCAGCAGCACCACCACGAUCUCAUCGAGCAGCACAUCUAUCACGUCUGUGACCUCCACUGCCACCAGCACCACCACCAUCUCGACGACCGCCACUUCCAGUACGUCGACGAGUGCCACCUCCAGCCGCCUCGGAGACGACCUUCUCUCAAGGACCAACUUACUCCCAGCUGUCGCCUGGGCAAACUUGUGCACAGUUCGGUCUCUUGAGUGUGGCGAGCGCCGACGAGUGCUUCAACCGUGCGCAGCCCUCCGCUGGCUUGCAGGACAAAGGCACACUAUCUAUCUGGCGUCGGUUUUUCUGGUUGUCUCUUCAACGUGCAGGCGGACAUCGUCAUGUUUGCAGACGACGGGUUAG